AUGCAUCACAGCUGGCUCAUGACAAGCCUAUCUCUGCUUAUCACCCCACUAGUGGCGGCGACCCCAUCUUCGCAACCAGCCCACGCAGCGUCUCAAGUCUACGACACAACAGACACGCUCCCCCUCCCAAAUCUCGGCAACAUAGUCGCCCAUGACCCCAACAUCCUCCUCUGGGAAGACUACUACUACCUCUUCAAAGGCGACGUACACAUCCCCAUUCACCGCGCCCAAAACCUCAGCGGCCCAUGGGAAUCCGUCGGCACAGUCCUAGAGGGACCCUCAAUAAUCCACACCCAAAACCGCACUCGUCCCUGGGCGCCCACAACCAUCCAAGCAAAUGGUACAUUCUACUGCUACUACACGCUUAGCGAGCGUGGAUCCCGCAUCAGCGCCAUUGGAGUCGCAACAACAUCCUCUCUAGGCCAAAAUUCAAAUUGGACGGACCACGGCGCGAUAAUCCAUACCGGGAAAGGGAAGGGGUCGGAUAUCUUUCCGUUCACUGUGACUAAUGCCAUCGAUGCAUCCUUCAUCACGGAUAAUGCUACUGGACAGAGUUAUUUGAAUUACGGCAGUUACUGGGAAGAUAUCUGGCAGGUUCCUUUAUCGGAGGAUUUACUUUCGCUUAAGGAUCCUGAAAAACCUGAUGCGGUGCAUUUGACUUAUUUACCGGGUUUGAAGUCGAAGCCGGAGGAAGGGUCUUGGAUGAGUUUCCAUGAUGACUACUACUAUAUGUGGUUUAGUCAUGGGAAAUGUUGCAAGUUUCAUGAUGGGUUUCCUGCGGCUGGAAAGGAGUAUGAGAUUCGGGUUGGGAGGUCGAAGAAUGUGAGGGGUCCGUUUGAGGAUAAGGAGGGGACGGCUUUGCUUGAUGGUGGUGGGACGAUUGUUUAUGCUUCCAAUCAUGGGGUUGUCUAUGCUCCUGGUGGGCUUGGAGUGUUGGCUGGGAAUGAUUCCGUCCCGGAUGUUCUUUACUACCAUUAUCUGAACACGAGUAUUGGGUUUACUGAUGAGGUGAGUGUUGUCACUUGGAUUCUUGUUAAGGACUUUGCUGAUUAUCAACAGGAUGCUCAUAUGGGCUGGAACUAUCUGAACUAUGAAGAUGGAUGGCCUGUGGUCGUUGAUGGGAUUGAUAUUAAUUCAUCGAGUGCGGGAUCGCUCCUUUCUGUGCCAGGCUGGUUGGCAUUGAUGAUGAUGAGUAUGUCCUACCUUACGACUUUUAGUGGAUCUGGAUUUUUGCUAACAUAA